GAGGAUCCCCAGGAUAUCACUAUUGUCACUGCUCCCGUAGAUCUAGGUGCCCCUCUCAGCACCCCCUGGGACUCCUCCUAGUGCUCCUCCCAGCGGCCCAACACUACUUACGCUCCUCUAUAAACCCCUCAGACUGGAAACAGACGGCUUCGUAAUCCCAGAACUCCCCAUACUCUCACCACUCCCGAUCUCCUCACUCCCCGGAACACCAAUUGACAUCACGGACUCCCUCAUACCACAAUCCGUCGAAAAGGCCAAAGAUGACCAACACUCCGCCAUCGCGGAGGAAGUAACCGAAUCCGAGAUCCCUAUCUACUAGAUGGCUCCGCCACAUCGAUCAUGGAAGAGCUCCGAGAGGCCGACCGCCAACUGAGCCAAGAAUGCGCCACCUCUACUAGAUCAGACGACCCGGACAACGUCGACGACGACUUUGAAGUCCAGAAGGCCCUGCUCACUGGAGGGGAAUGCGACCUGAAGGAGAAGAUCUGGGUGGAGCUUAACAAAGACUACUUGCGUGGGCAAGGAUGCAAAAUCUUCCCUUUUUUUCUUUUUUCCCUUAAUCUUCCUUCCCCUCCCAAUGAGUGCCAUGGUAUGGCUAACAGGGAUAUUAUAGUGAAACGCCUGAAGAAGAAAGCUCACCUCCGCAACGGUAUCAUCGAGACUGCCAAAAAGCGCAAGAGGGAUAAAUCCCGCGAUAGUAACAGCAAGGAAAUGACUGCUACCCCUGCCGGCAGUGCGAAGAACAUGCUCAUGCGUAGGAGUUAUUCCAAGAAGAUUAAUUAUAAAGCGAUCGAGGGGCUUUUCGAGGAUGAUUAAGUGAGAGAGAGGGUCGUAGAUAGUUUCUUUCUUUUUUAGGGUUUCUAAUUCAGACAGUCAAUGUGCAUAUAUCUGGGUGGGUGCAUUCUAGAGAUUGGGCACUGGUUACAGUUCUUAGUGGGAGAUUAGAGCACGGUGGUGGAAAUGUCUGUGCUCAUACGGGAUCACUUGAGAGGACGGUUUCCCUGGAGUAUACUUUUAGCUGAGAUUUAGCGUAUUUAGUUUUACGCUUAUUUAGGUUGAUGCGUUUCUCUUUGUUGUUUCGCUGGACCACAGAAAAUUGCCUAGUCUCACAUUUUCUAUCCUACUUGUGUUCCCG